UUUGGCCGUACGCAUAUGCCUUAUCGUUGUGUCGCGGUGAAAUGCCAGUGCACCUGUAUAAAAGAGGACGCGCGGCGGUGUGUCGGCACAACUGAUUUGGAGUUGAACGCCGAGAACAGAGCCGAGAAAAUGAAGUGGGUCUUUGUCGCUUGCGCCUUGGUGGCGCUCUCCGAGUGCCUCAUCCAGAUCCCUCUGGAGAAGGGGAAGACAGCCAGGGAGAACCUGGAGGAGCAGGGCCUUUGGGAAGAGUACAGACUCAAGUACCCGUACAACCCCAUGGCUAAGUUCGACCAGCAGUUGGCUGUGGGCAACGAGGCCAUGACCAACGACGCCGACCUGGCGUACUACGGAUUCAUCUCCAUCGGAACUCCACCUCAGACCUUCAAGGUCAUCUUUGACAGCGGCUCGUCCAACCUGUGGGUGCCCUCCGUCUACUGCAACAGUCCGGCCUGCAAUAACCAUGACAAGUUCAACCCCGGCACCAGCAGCACCUACAGGCACAACGGCGGCCCUCUCAGUAUUAACUACGGCACCGGCAGCAUGACGGGCUUCCUGGGAUACGACACUGUGAUGGUGGGCGGAUUCGCCGUGACGAACCAGAUCUUCGGCAUGAGCCAGUCUGAGGCUCCCUUCAUGCAGUACAUGCAAGCCGAUGGCAUCCUGGGCCUGGCAUACCCACGCCUGUCUGCAUCCGGCGCCACGCCCGUCUUCGACAACAUGAUGACGGAGGACCUGAUCAACCAGGACAUCUUCUCCGUGUACCUGAGCUCAGACUCUGAGCAAGGCAGCGUGGUGACCUUCGGCGGCGUUGACCCCAACCACUACACGGGCGGCAUCUCCUGGAUCCCCCUCUCCAGAGAUCAGUACUGGCAGAUCACAGUGGACAGUGUCACUGUCAACGGUCAGGUUGUGGCUUGCAAUGGUGGUUGCCAGGCGAUCGUGGACACUGGCACCUCCCUGAUUGCCGGACCUCAGAGCAGCAUCAGCGGCAUCAACAGCAGGGUGGGAGCUCGGAGCCAUAACGGAGACUAUAUGGUCAACUGUAACAGCAUUGGCCAAAUGCCAGAUGUGAUCUUCCACAUCCAUGGAGAGGAAUUCACCAUCCCAGCCUCUGCCUACGUUCGUCAGUCUCGGUACUAUGGCUGCCGUAGUGGCUUUGGCAAUGGAGGAGACAGCCUGUGGAUCCUGGGUGACGUCUUCAUCAGACAGUACUACUCCAUCUUCAACAGAGCCCAGAACAUGGUGGGUCUGGCCAAGGCUAGAUAAGUCCGAGGUCACCCAACUCUUGAUCCUUUAAACAAUCACGUGUACAUCUCGGUGCCAUUAUGGAAUGUCCAACAUGCCCGAGAACUCAAUUGUUUCUUCUUGUUCAAUGAAUGAUUAUAUUUCCUCACAUUAAAUAAAAAGAGUUGAAUCCA